CUGCCUUUCCCAAGAACUACGAGCUCUUCUAUUCUAGGAAACAGCCAAAAGAACAAGAGGCUGCCGAAGACAAAAUUUCUCUGCAACGGCCUGCACAGGGCAAUGUGUGCAGCCAUCUUUUAGGAGGAGGACAAGAAAAUCUGUGAAGUUUGAACAAGCAGCCUUCCCAAGAUGAACCGAAUAUCUCAACUGAUGUCAACACCAGUAGCAAAUUCUUCCCGGUCUGAGAAAGAAUACGCUGUAGAGCUGUCUCCCCCAUGCAUUUUCCCAAGUCCCUUUGACUGCUGCCCCAUAGAUCCCCUGACAGGCUCCCACCUUACCUGUCGCCGAAGUCCCAGACUCCUCACCAAUGGCUACUACAUCUGGACCGAAGACAGUUUUCUCUGCGACAAAGAUGGCAACACAACUCUGAGCCCCUCCCAGACCAGUGUCCUGUACAAGGAGAACUUAGUCAAAAUAUUUAGGAAGAAAAAGAGAAUCCGCCGUUCUUUUUCUUCUCUCUUCAACCUCAGUGCCUCUGAAUCUUGGCUGCAUGGAAGCUCCUUUGGUAAUGCUGACUCUUCCCCCAAUGAGGACGUCUGGUUGGAGGGGGUCAGGAGGCUGGAAACAAACCAUUGCAAUGAAAAUGGAGGUGGUUUGGACUGUUCACUGAUGGGUAACUGGGAGUCGGAGAAGCUAAAUGCAGAGUCUGUGAAAACCUCCUUUUCCAGCCAUGUCACCUCUCGGAGUCCCGGAGAAAACUCCCACAACCUGCCUCCUCGGUCCCAGUUCACAGCUUCUGAACCUUUCCAGGAAAACAUUUUGGAUCAUCCAAAAACCAGUUUGUUACGAGAGGUCUCCUUUCAAGCAACUCUGUUUGCUGCAUGCUUAAUUAUCUCUGCCUGUGCAAGAUGGUUUCUGGGAGGAAUCAUAGCCAGUGUCUUCACAUGCUCCUUGGUGAUAACCAUUGCUUAUGUCGUCAAGUCAUUCCUUCUCAGCCUUGCCAACUGUUUCAAAGCCACCACCUGCACUUGGUUUUGCCAAAAUUUGACAACCAUUCAGGAGAGCCUCUGAUGAAUGUCUUCAAUCUGAAUAUCCAGAAAUUGUCCCAUUUGUAGUCUGCUUGGAAUCAACUGUUUUAUUGGAAAGAGUGAACAAGUGGAUAAUUGAGAAAAAAGAAUUUAAUUUGGUUAUGUGGUUUAAAAAAAUCUUAGUUUUGGCCUCACAAUGAUAAUAUGCUCAUGAAAAUAAUAUUAAUUUGUCUUUCCUCUGCAAACACAAGCAGUUGAAAAGGAAAGGACUGGGAAACGUGACAGAGAACAAACCACCUGGAUGAGUGUUCUCUUAUUAUACCUUAAGGCAGUGGUUCUCAAACAUUCAUUUUCCUUCGAGAAUUCUAUGAGGAGCUUAUAACAGUGCAGAUUCCUGGGCCUGCCUGCCUGUACCUAUCCCUUGCUGAACCGCUGCAGUUGAACAAAGAAAGGGAAUUACAUAAUCAGCACCAACUUGAAAGUAAAUAAAUGCGGUUUGUACAUAAAACAUAAUGUAGAAAAAGUUUUCAGUUCUUCCCAAGGGAUGGCCUAAUAGAAGGUGGUGACAGUAGAUGAUGGUUGAUGGAAAACAGGCAGGAGAGAGCCAUUUUUCAGAAAGUUCUUCUUUCUAACCAGUUUCUUUACCAAGUUUUCAAUCAUCUUGGCACUCAUGAUUACCUUUCACUCAAACUUCAAUUCAAAUAAAGAUAUAACACACAAAAAAUACCUCAGGGGCAAAAUAAAGGCAAAACGCCGCAGUGCUUUGAAAUACACAAAAAUUGUACAGUUGCACUGGGGGAUUACAGGAGAUGCUCCCUCUCCAUCCCUCUUGCUUGGUAUAUGUUCCCAAAUGUGGCCUGAGGUUCAAAUUUGUUUCGCAUGACAUUCUCUGGCUGGAGAAUUGUGUGGAGAAAAUUGUCUUUGCUUAAAAUGGUAAUGUCAAAAUAUCACUUUUUAUAUCAAUUGUACUUAGUGCCUUUUUGGUUGAAAAAGUUUUAUAGUAAUAAAUGGAGUCAUCAAUGACUUGGUUUGGUCAAAUACUAGUCGA